AUGGACAAUUGGGGUGAAAACACCAGCCUAUCUCAGUUCAUGAUCCUCCCGACCAAGUUCGAGUCAAUGGACGGAGAGUACGUGGCAUUCGGAAAAGUUGUGAAAGGACUGAAUCUGAUGAAAUGCAUUGCGGAGAAGGUCGCAACUGAAAACGGAAUUCCCUCCAAGCCCCUGGUGAUCGCUGACUGCGGUCAGAUUUUCCCUAAAUCUGAGGGACUUGUUCCUAUGACAACAAUGGGAGCUUUUGUCAUUUUGAUGUUUGGUGUGUUGCUUUUCUUCCUUCGUUUGGAUUUCCAUUUUGGAGUUUGGUUUUCCCUUGAGGUUUAG